GCCACUCCCUUACUCCUUUCCUUCGACCGCCUAAAAGGACUACUUGGCGGUCGCCGCUUCGAAAAGAAAGGCGGGGAGUCCAACCUAGGAUUCUCGCGGCGGCGGCGACUCGUGACGAGCGGACUUACCGGGGCGAUCCGGCGAGCGCCGACAACGCCCGCUGCCUACUCGACAAAAUGCCUCCUAGAGGGAAUCCGCGAAAGAGUGCGCCGCCGGUGACCAUCACCGACCAAAUCAGCGCCCUCCCCGACCAGAUGCUCCACCAUGUGCUCUCCUUCCUCCCAGUGCAGGCGGCCGUGCGGACGUGCGUGCUCGCCCGGCGCUGGCGACACCUUUGGAAGUCCACUACGGGCCUGCGCAUCGUCGGCCUAGAUGAGGACAAGUAUGUCAAAGUUCAAGACAUCCGGAAGUUCAUGAACCAUCUUCUGGUCCUGCAUGAGCGCACCCACCUAGGCACUGUUGAGAUCAAAUUCGAUCAUUAUGAUGAUGAUGGUGACGUGCGCUAUGUGAACCUAUGGACCCGUUUUGCUAUGAUGUGCAAAGUUCGGGCGCUCACGCUUCAUAUCCUUGACGAUGGUUACCUCGCCCUAGACGACCUGCCUCUUGUCUCUCGGCAUCUGGGAACAUUGGACCUUCAAAGUGUAGCCCUACGAAAGUCCUUGCUUGAUUUUGCUAGCUGUCCAGCAUUGAAGGAUCUGAAGAUGAAUGAUUGUGAAAUCAAUGCUGAUAGGAUAUCAUCCCGUUCCCUAAAGCAUUUGAGCAUCACUUUUUGCCGCUCUGACUCAGAUUGCCGGGUCCGUAUUUCUGCUCCCGGCCUCGUGUCUCUAAAACUAGAAGACUUUAUUGGUAUGACCCCUUCUCUUGAAGACAUGGGUUUGCUAGAAGCUGCCUGUGUGAAUCUUGGCAAUGGAUGCAAAGAUGUCUGUUUGAAUUAUGACUCUGGUGUUUUCUGUGGAGCUAAUGAUGAUACAUGUAAGAAUUGUGUUCCUAUUAGUGAUGACUGCAGCAGCAAUUGUGUGCUUCUGGGUGGUAUCUCAAGUGCUAAACACCUCAAGUUGAUGUCUGAAAUAGGAAAGUUCGUUUUCACAAGAGAUCUGGAACACUGCCCUGCAUUUAGUAAGUUAAAGACAUUAGUACUCAAUGAGUAUUGGUGUGAGGCUCCUGACUUGGAUCCACUGGCAUGCAUUCUGAAAAAUUCGCCAGUUCUAGAGAAGCUCACUCUUCAACUAUUUUCUGAGGGACCAAAUCAUGAAGUGGAAAUGGAAGGAAGCUACUGUUGCAUGGAGAGACCGUCUGCAAUAUCAGAGCACCUUAACAUAGUUGAAGUCAAGUGUAAUGUGGUGGACAAGAGGAUUCUCAAAAUUUUGAGGUUCCUGUGUGCAUUUAACAUACGAUUCAAUUUCUAGCAAAGGUGAGAAGACUUGGUUUGACGGUUCAUAUGCCAUGACUUGACUAUUCAGAAAUGCAACGCUUAAGCAUAUAUGUGGCAAGAGUGUUUCCAUCUUCGUGUCUUUGUGCGCAUCAUAUCUGAGUUCUUUCCGUGUAUAGUCCGCAGUAUACAGCCUAUGAACUUUAUACCGCCCAGUUGGUUGUGGGGCUUGGUUUCCUAUUACAGUUUUGGUUCAUGCUGAAUUUAUUCAGCUCUUCGACUGGCCAGUGCUAGCUUAGCGUUUCUUUUCGGCUUUGGUGCAUUAACUUGUUCUGUUAUGGUGUGAUCCUUUUAUUUUAUCUCCCUGUUAAGAUCUUUAUGUUUGGAA